AUGUUCCUAAGUAAUAUUCAUGGUCAAGCACAAAAAGAAUUGUUCAUCAGACUCCAUUGUUUAUAUGAAAAGGGUUUAGCAUGCCUUUUUCACAGUCCAUUCAUCAGAUCCCAUGUUAUAAGGGUCCUUCUAAAUCCUAGGCAAUCUGUUUGUACAGAUGAACACACUUUGGUUUCUAAGGUCCAGUUUGAAGCAAAUCUACUCAGUGAGAUAAAGAACACCAAUCUACCCAUAACAGACUUGUAUAAUAGUAUUGAAUCCCUUAUUGCCAUAGAAAGGUUGACAAUUUUACCCCUUACACAAUAUCAGAAACUUGCUUUACAGAGGAGUACAGCUCUCACACUCAAGGACACAGCUUUUAUUUUACUCAACGAUUUAACAGAUUCUUUACCACUCGAAGUGGACACUAGCACAUGUAGAAAUAAAGUGAUAUAUUUAACAAAUAAAAGGUCCCUUUACAUGCUGAAAAUAGCUGCUAAAUUUGGGUUUAUUUCCGACAUGCUUUACAUUGCUAUGUAUUAUUACAAGACCUUCAGAUACUUGGAAGCUUUAAUUGUAAUAAGAGCUACAAAAGCCAAGUUAGCACAGCCAUAUGUAGUAUAUGGGCUACAAGUCAAUGCUCAAAGAUAUAGCGAGGCUAUAGGGAGACUUUCCUUGUCUACAAAGAUGAGAAACGCUGUAGCAUGUGAUAUUUUUCUGAACAAUUACACUUGUUUCAUAAAUGAAUUGGUGCCAGAACAACAGUCUGAAUUAUUGUGUACUUGUCCAUGUUUAUGUAUCCCCCUCUAUGUUUUCGUACACAUGUUAGAGGUCUUGUGUUACAGACAUGUAGACCCAGUGAAAACACAAAGAGCUCUAAAUGAUCUACAAGAUCUUGUACACCAUGAUUCGGGGACAUACAUAUCCGAGGAACAAAAAGACAUAUCAUGGGAGAUCCUAGGUAUUUGUCAACAGGUCAUAGGAAAUUACCAAGCUGCCUUGUAUUCCUACCAACAAUCCCUGACACAAGAAACAUUCCACAAAACACAAACCGCUACAUUAAUGAGGAUACAGCACAUCAUGGAUCUAAUCCAAAGAGUCUAA